GCCCCUCCCCGGCGCAGAAUAAAUCGCUGAUCUCAUGCCCUGCGCGGCCGGAGCCCUUUGGCUCAGCCCCGGGACUCGCUCCAGGCAGGAUCCGGAACCCCCCCAGCCAUGACCUCGUACCGGGAGGAGCUGGAGAAGUACCGGGACAUCGACGAGGACAAAAUCCUGCAGGAAUUGUCCCCCGAGGAACUGGCCCAGCUGGACAUGGAGCUGAUGGAGAUGGACCCCGAGAACGUGCUGCUGCCGGCAGGGCUCCGGCAGCGGGACCAGACCCAGAAGAGCCCCACGGGCCCCCUGGAUCGGGAAGCGCUGCUGCAGCACCUGGAAAAGCAGGCGCUGGAAGCCGAGGAGCGCCAGGACCUGGUGCCCUUCACCGGCGAGAAGAAAG